ACUUUGCGUUCUACAAGCAACUACAAGCUGUAAAGUUAACAGGAAGUGUUUGUCCGAACUCAACUGGUUUUGCGAGAGAACGCAAAAAAAUCUGAAAAAUAUUUUUCCACCCACCCUGAUUUUUUCAUUUAAAAAAAAAAAAUAAAAAUAAAAAAAAAUAGAUUUAUGCAUCACUUGGAAGCUGAAUAAAUACGCUUUCCAUUGAUGUAUGGUUUGUUAGGAUAGGACAAUAUUUGGCAACUGAAAAUCUGUAAUCUGAGGAUCUAAAAAAUCUAAAUAUUGAGAUAAUCGCCUUUAAAUUUGUCCAAAUUAAGUUCUUAGUAAUUCAUACUGCUAAUUAAGUUUUGAUAUAUUUAUGGUACUUCAUGGAACAUAAUCUUUACUUAAUAUCCUAAUGAUUUUUGGCUAAAAAGAAAAAUCGAUAAUUUUGGCUCAAAUAUACCUGUUCUACUUAAGACUGAUUUUGUAGUCCGGGGUCACAUAUUUACUAUGUUUCAUGCCAACAAAUAAUAUAGUAAAAAUUGUGAAAUAUUAUUUCAAUUUAAAAUAGCUGUUUUCUAUGUGAAUAUCUGUUAAAAUGUAAUUUAUUUCUGUGAUCAAAGCUGAAUUUUCAGCAUCAUUACUCCAGUCUCCAGUGUCACAUGAUCCUUCAGAAAUCAUUCUGAAUUCAAAAGAACAUUUGUGACUCUGGACCACAAAAUCAGUCAUAAGGUUCAAUUUUUUCUUUAAUGAGAUUUAUGCAUCACUACCAUUUAUGUAUGGUUUGUUAGGAUAGGACAAUAUUUGGCAACUUCUUGAAAAUCUGGAAUAUGAGGAUACAAAAAAUCUAAAUAUUGAGGAAAAUCGGCUUUAUUAUUAUUAAUUAAAAAUUAAGUUUUGAUAUAUUUCCGGUACUUCAUGGAACAUAAUCUUUACUUAAUAUCCUAAUGAUUUUUGGCAUAGAAGAAAAAUCGAUCAUUUUGACUCAUUGUUGGCUGUUUCUACAAAUAUACCUGUGCUACUUAAGACUGAUUUUGUAGUCCGGGGUCACAUAUUUACUAUAAUAUUACAUUUUAUGCCGACAAAUAAUAUAGUAAAAAUUGUGAAAUAUUAUUUCAAUUUAAAAUAGCUGUUUUCUAUGUGAAUAUCUGUUAAAAUGUAAUUUAUUUCUAUGAUCAAAGCUGAAUUUUCAGCAUCAUUACUCGUUUUCAAAAUCACAUGCUCCUUCAGAAAUCAUUCUAAUAUGCAAAUUUGCUGCUCAAGAAACAUUUAUGGUUAUUAUAAAUGUUGAAAACAUUUAACAUUUAGUUUUUCUGCCUCAUGUUUUUGUGAAAAUGGUGUUACAUUUUAUUUUUCAGGAUUCUUUGAUGAGUAGAAAGUUCAAAAGAACAACAUUUAUUUUUUGUAGCAUUAUAAAAGUCUUCACUGUCACUUAUCAUCAGUUUAACGCAGCCUUGCUGAAUAAUUACUGAGUUUUAUGUAGAACCAAUUCUUCACUUUUUUUUUUUUUUUGAUCAGUUUGUUUUAAUACAUUUUUAGCAUCAAAUAAAACCCCUGUGCCUAGUAACGAGAACUUUACACUCACACCGUUUCUCUCUGACUGACACGCAGUGAAACCAAAAACAAUAAUUAAUGCAGUGUUUAUUCAAAACGAGGCUUUUGCUGUCAUUUUGAGUCAACAGGUGUGGAGUAUCGGCUGAGCUCUUCCUGCGAUGUGACACCAUCUGUCUCUGUGGUUCAGCUUCACUGCUCCGGUCACAGAAUAGCACCAACUGCACCGUCAUGCUCACCAGACCUUCCUGUUGCCAUUCGAAUAGGUUUUCUGCCGGUUUCUGUAGGUUGUCUAAGAAACACUCAUCUACUUGAGGUCUAUUUAAAAGAGCUGCAGGUGCAAGGAUGUGCUCAAAUGAGUGUGCGAUCGGUUUCACCUUGAACGCAACAACGUGACUCAUUUUAUAGGCGACACCUUGUCGAUUUUUGUGUCUCUGUUAAGCUCUUGUGCUCUGUCUGCAAACAUUAGGAGCUCGGUGGCUGGAGAUAUUCAUCUUUUGAAACAAAACCCGAGUGUUAUGUCCCCUGAGGAUAAGGCAUCUUCAUUUUAAGCCCGAGUCAUCUUUAUAUGAAUAAUUUUCCCCCCUCUGAGUUGGUCUAGUCAUUUAGUUCAUGUUACAGCAUGAGAGCGUUCAGCUGGAAGAACCUUUGUUUAAAUACGUCUUUAAAAAUGUGGUUCAUGAGCGAACACAAGAAACAAAAGCCACUUAAUGCAUCAUAAUUACCUGAAACAGUAAGUUUCCAGCCCAUACUUAGUCAGAAAGUCACUGCAAUGAUGCAUUAAAUCAAAUAACAUUUAUUUUAUAUAUAUAAAAUAUAUCCCUGGACCACAAAACCAGUCUUAAGUCGCUGGGGUUUAUUUGUAGCAAUAGCCAAAAAUACAUUGUAUGGGUCAAAAUGAUUGAUUUUUCUUUUAUGCCAAAAAUCAUUAGGAAAUUAAGUAAACAUCAUGUUCCAUGAAGAUAUUUUGUUUAUUUCCUACUGUUAAUAUAUCAAAACUUAAUUUUUGAUUAGUAAUAUUCAUUAUUAAGAACUUAAUUUGGACAACUUUAAAGGUGAUUUUCUCAAUAUUUAUUUUUUUUUGCACCCUCAGAUUCCAUAUAUUCAAAUAGUUGUAUCUCAGACAAAUACUGUCCCGUCCUAACAAACCAUACAUCAAUGGAGGCUUAUUUAUUCAGCUUUCAGAUGUUGUAUAAAUCUCAGUUUUGUCGUCCAAGGUCACACACACAUAUAUAUAUAUAUAUAUAUAUUUUUUUUUUUUAUAUAUAAUUUAUAUUAUAUAUAGACUGCAUAAAAAUAUUUUCUACAUAAAUAAUGUAUUUCUCUUAACACAUUCAUUAAUACAUUCAUUUGUGUGUAUUUAUAUAUACAUAACUUAUUUUGUAUAUAUACGUUUAUAAUCUUAUAAUAAUAUGACAUUAAAAUAUUAUUCAACAUUCCCUUUCUAAGCACACUGCUGUUAUUACAGAUGACAUUUAUGAAAAACACUGAUUAUUUAAUUGAUUUUAUGUGUGUAUAUAAUCAAUUUAAUAAUCAAAGUUGUUCAGAAAUGUUAUCUGUAAUAACAGCAGUUGCAACAGUGUGGUCUCAUGAGGCUUGGUGUGGUUUUAGUCAAAUCAUCUGCUGGUACAAAUAGUCCCACACUCACAGAAAACUCAACUUCAGACCCCUCAUGUCUCCAUUCUCACUCGAGGUAUUUGUCGGGGACUGACUGAUGAUGGCACAGAGCUGUCCGGAGGGUCAGUAUUUGGACAGCCUGCUGCGAAAGUGUAUGUCCUGCAGUCUGGUCUGUCACGACAUCAAGAUUCAGAAUCGCUGCUCUGAGUACUGCGUGGCCUGGAAAUGUAAAGCCGUGUCCGGUCAGUUCUACGACACGCUGCUGAAGAAGUGUCUGAGGUGUUCGGAGCUGUGCGGCAGUCACCCGGCGCCCUGCGCAGACGCAUGCAGGAGUGCGGUGUCCGUGACGCAGAGGCCUGUCGGCGGGUCUGCAGUGCAGCUUGUGACCGGCAGAGGGCGCUCAGUGGCCGGAUCGGCGCUGUACUCGGAGGCGCUGCUGUACGGUCUGCUGGGCCUCUGCAUCACAGUGCUGAUGUUUACACUGACCGCUGCCAUCAUGCUGCUGCUCAAGAGAGCCAAACACCAGCAACAGCUGGACACCAAGAAACAACAGCCCAACAAACAAGGACAAUCCUCAAAAGAUUCUCUGAUGGCCCGGGCGGAUGAAGUGUCUCAGGAGGGCAGUGUGACUCAGGACCGGCCGAGGGCCACCGAAACCUGCAUCUACUGCUUCUCCGAGCACACGGUUGCGCCGCGCACUCUCUAUCAACAGGCCGGAGCGCAGGAGCCCGUGCGCGCCGCCGCCGCCGCCGCCGCCGAGAACCUUCACCAUGACAACGGCGCGCCCCAUCAGCCGCUUCAGACGCACGCCGAUAAAAGCAGAGCGUUCAGGAUCAUAUGUUCACCGACGCAAACGAGCAUGUGAAUAUACGUGUCCUGAGGAAUAGAAACCAUAAACACAUGUAAACACUGUACCGCACAUGUCAUUCCUCAAGUAUUCCUAUGGAAACAUAACUUUAGUUUAGUUUUAUUAAAUGCUGUAUUUAAUAGAGCACAACACACUGUUAAGGCCUCGUGACUCUGUUGAUGUUUUCAUUAUUACUAUAAUUGCAACUUCUGAAUUAACUAAACAUACGUGACCCUGGACCACAAAACCAGUCAUAAUGGUCCGUUUUUUGAAAGAGAGAUUUAUGCAUGAAUAAAUAAGAUUUACACUGAUGUAUGGUUUGUUAGAAAAUGACAUCUAUCCAUCAAUUUAUCUAUCUAUCUAUCUCACUAGCCAAGCCUAGGAACUAGUCAUGCUAGUAGCUUGCUAAUCAUGCUAGAAACAUGCCAACGACAUGCUAGUAACUAGCUAAUCAUGCUAGUUACAUGCUGACAACAUGCUGAUUAUGUAAAAAUUAUGUUAGCAACAUGUUAAUAACUUAAUCAUGCUAAUAAUCAUGUUAAUCAUGUUAAAAACAGACUAGCGCCAUGCUAGUAACCUGCUAAUCAUGCUAGAAACUUGCUAACAACAUGCUAAUCAUAUUAGCAACAUGCUAAUAACUUGCUAAUCAUGCUAGAAACAUGGUAACGGCAUGCUAAUCAUGCUACAAUCAUGUUAGCAACAUGUUAGUAACUGGCUAAUCAUGCUAGUUACAUGCUAACAACAUGCUGAUUAUGUAAAAAUUAUGCUAGCAACACGUUAAUAACUUAAUCAUGCUAAUAAUCAUGCUAAUCAUGUUAAAAACAGACUAGCACCAUGCUAAUAACUUGUUAAUCAUGCUACAAUCAUGUUAGCAACAUGCUAGUAACUGGCUAAUCAUGCUAAUUACAUGCUAACAACAUGUUGAUUAUGUAAAAAUUAUGCUAGCAACACGUUAAUAACCUAAUCAUCCUAAUAAUCAUGCUAAUCAUGUUAAAAAACAGACUAGCACCAUGCUAGUAACUAACUUGCUAAUCAUGUUAGAAACAUGCUAACAUGCUAAUCAUGUUAAAAACAGACUAGCACCAUGCUAGUAACUUGCUAAUCAUGCUAGAAACAUGCUAACAACAUGCUAGAAACAUGCUAACAACAUGCUAAUCAUGUUAAAAACAGACUAGCACCAUGCUAGUAACUUGUUAAUCAUGCUACAAUCAUGUUAGCAACAUGUUAGUAACUGGCUAAUCAUGCUAGAUAUAUACUAACAACAUGCUGAUUAUGUAAAAAUUAUGCUAGCAACACGUUAAUAACUUAAUCAUGCUAAUCAUGUUAAAAAACAGACUAGCACCAUGCUAGUAACUAACUUGCUAAUCAUGCUAGAAACAUGCUAACAUGCUAAUCAUGUUAAAAACAGACUAGCACCAUGCUAGUAACUUGCUAAUCAUGCUAGAAACAUGCUAACAACAUGCUAAUCAUGUUAAAAACAGACUAGCACCAUGCUAGUAACUUGCUAAUCAUGUUAAAAACAGACUAGUAACAUGCUAAUAACUUGCUAAUCAUACUAGAAACAUGUUAAUCAUGCUGCAAUCAUGUUAGCAACAGGCUCAUAACUUUCUAAUCAUGAUAAUUACAUGCUAACGACAUGUUAAUCAUGUUAGAAAAAUGUUAAUCAUGCUAGAAGCAUGCUAGCAACAUGCUAGUAGCUGGCUAGUCAUGCUAUUAACAUGUUAACAACAUGCUAAUCAUGCUAAAAACAUGCUAGCAACAUGCUUUAUCUAUCAUCUAUUUCUAUCUAUCUAUCUAUCUAUCUAUCUAUCAUCUCUGACAGACUGUUUUGCCUUCAAAACAUUCAAACUCUAACCUAUUAAAACUCGUUUAAACUUCUAACUAUUUCAGACUGAAAACCAUCAACUUAAAACUUUUUAAAACUUCUUAAACUUUUCAAAACGUUUUGGUCUGGCUUUCUCAAGUAUUGCUACAAAUGAACCUGUGCUACUUACGACCGGUUUUGUGCUCCAGGGUCACAUAUUUAGUUUCUGUAGGGAGAGCUUCAAGUCACUCGCUGGUCACUAGUAAGCAGUUUUACACUUUCUGGUUUCCGCAGUAACUGUGACUCUUCUCUGAUUGGUGGAACUCCCUUGAGAAAUAAGAUUAAUAUGCACUGAUCUAUAACAGAAACAUACAGAUAAUCUAUGCCUUAUUUUUCAACGCAGAAGUAAGCUGUUUUCUGUAAAUGUGUGACAAUAAAACGGUAAGACUGUUCGCACUACAAACCACUAUGUUCAUAAUUAAAAUAACACAUUAAAAUAUUAUGGUAAUACACACCAGUUUGCAGUAUCAAGCAGCAAAACAAGCUGUUUUGUACAGCUAAACAUAGCUGGAGGAAACCGGAAGGCAAACCCACUGAAUUUACAAAAUGGCAACACCCAUUCUAACAGGAAAAAUAAGGUGCAUAUGGCAUUUCAACAGAAAUUCAUCUACUAAACAUGAUUUUGUGGCUUGGAAACAUAUUUUCUAAUGUAACAACGCUGGAGUUCAAAGCUUCAAAUCAACUUUUCAAUGGAGAAAACUAAGAUUUAUCUUCUGAAACCUUUUGUUUUGCAGUUUAAGACACUGCAGGUAAAUCAACUAAAAACAUAAACUAAUAUAUACAGUUGAAGUCAAAAGUUUAUAUACAGCUUGCAGAAUCUGUAAAAUGUUAUUUUAUCAAAAGACAGAUCAUACAAAAUGCAUGUUACCUGAAUAAAAUAUUUCACAUAAAAGACAUUUACAUAUAGUCCACAUAAGAAAAUAAAUAAAUUUAUAAAAAUGACCCUGUUCAAAAGUUUACAUAUGCUUGAUUCUUAGUACUGUGUUGUACCUGAAUGAUCCACAGCUGUGUUUUUUUUUUUUGUUUAGUGAUAGUUGUUCAUGAGUCCCUUGUUUGUCCUGAACAGUUAAACUGCCCGCGGUUCUUCAGAAGAGUCUUUGGUUUUUCAGCAUUUUUGUGUAUUUGAACUCUUUCCAAAAAUGACUGUAUGAUUUUGAGAUCCAUCUUUUCAUUAAGAAGCAGGGGUGAAAACUUUUGAACAGAAUGAAGAUGAGGUUUUUUUUUUUGUUGGUUUUUUUUUCCCACUUAGUACUGCCAUUCAGAAAUUACCCUGAUCUUCAAAUUCCAAAAGUUUUCAGGUCAGUACUAAAUAAAAAAUAACAUGCAUUUUACGUGAUCUCUCUUAUUUUGAUAAAAUAAUUAACAUUUUGCAGA